CACACUCCGUCGACUCGACACCUGAGACGCCAAACAUCGCGAGAGUUGGUUGCCUUGGCUGCAGCACAGUGACGCUGAGGAACGUUUAAGGUUUAGCGGCAGAAAAUAACAGAUUUUUACUCUGCUGACCAGCCAGGGGGAGGAUGCAUGUGGCAAGUGCCCUGUCCCUUUAAAAAAACAGGAAGGUGGGAGGAGCUUCCUGAGGAAACAGGUGUGUGCUGAUAGGGAUAGGGAUGAUGUCAUUGUUUCAGAAUCACCUGGAAAAACCUGCAUGAUGUCAGCACGAUAUACACAUUACAGCUGCUCAUGACCGGAUCACAGAUGUCUGCCAGACAGACGCUAUACACAGUGUUGUGAAGAUUCACACUUACUUACAACAGGACGAGACACUUGCCGUCAAUCUGCACACUGUUGCUUCUGUUUAAGGGCUGUAGUGAAGAUCACCCCACCUCCCACAACCCAGAAUGCUGAGUAUAGCUGUGUGAAAUUCCACAACCAAAUCCUAGAGAGCAGUUAACAAGGCCGAGAGACGGCAUUUGCUUUUUCUGUCUGAUGAAAGAUGACAACAAGAAGCCAGCGCCCUUGGAUAAACAUUUUCCCAGAACUAAUAUUUUUUUAAAACUAUUCUCUAAUCUCUUCUUACAUCUUUUGAAUACAAUGCUAAUGCAUUUCCCCUCAACUUUGGAAAGAUGAACUUGGGUUUCAAGCGAUAUUGAUUUUCUCCACCAUGUCAUGGAAAAGAAACUACUUUGCAUCUGGCAGCAGUGGCUUACAGGGUAUAUUCACCCCACGAACCAUGACAUCAAUCGCCCCCAGCAAAGGGCUCAUCAAUGAGCCGGGACAGAACAGCUGCUUCCUGAACAGCGCUCUCCAGGUCCUCUGGCAUCUGGAUAUCUUCCGGCGAAGUUUCCGGCAGCUCACCACACAUAAGUGUAUGGAGGACUCAUGCAUCUUCUGCGCUCUGAAGAGCAUUUUUGCGCAGUUCCAGUUUAGCAGUGAGAAGGUGCUGCCCUCUGAUGCUCUCCGCUGCGCUCUGGCCAAAACCUUCCAGGAUGAGCAGCGAUUCCAGCUCGGCAUUAUGGACGACGCCGCUGAGUGCUUCGAGAAUAUCCUCAUGAGGAUCCACUUUCACAUCUCUGAUGAGACCAAGGAGGACAUCUGCACAGCCAAACACUGCAUCCCUCACCAGAAGUUUGCCAUGACACUCUUUGAGCAGUGUGUGUGCGGCAAAUGUGGAGCCUCCUCAGACCCCCUGCCCUUUAUUCAGAUGGUCCACUACAUCUCCACCACCUCUCUGUGUAACCAGGCAGUGCGGAUGCUGGAGUGCCGGGAGAAGCCCACCCCAGACAUGUUCGGAGAGCUGCUGAGGAACGCAAGCACUGUGGGAGACCUGCGCAACUGCCCGCAGAGAAAGCACGGUUCCAAUACUUUCUCUGCUGUGGAGUCGAGACAUUUGCAAAUGUGUGUAUAUGUUCCUCUCCCUUUUUCUCCUGUACAGGGCAACUGUGGAGAGAAGCUCCGUAUACGACGUGUCCUGAUGAACUCCCCGGAGAUCAUCACCAUUGGCCUGGUGUGGGACUCAGACCACUCUGACCUAGCAGAAGACGUCAUUCAUAGCCUGGGCACCGUCCUGCGGCUCGGAGAUCUGUUCUACCGAGUGACAGAGGACAAGGCCAAACAGGCGGAGCUCUACCUUGUAGGCGUGGUCUGUUACUAUGGCAAACACUACUCUACUUUCUUCUUCCAAACCAAAAUCCGCAAGUGGAUUUACUUCGAUGACGCUCAUGUGAAAGAGAUUGGGCCCAAGUGGAAGGAUGUGGUGUCCCGUUGUAUAAAGGGGCAUUACCAGCCGCUGUUGCUGCUCUAUGCUGACCCCAGGGGGACGCCAGUGUCAGCUCAGGAUUUGGCUUCUCGUCUAGACCUUCAUCACUACACUAAAGCAUACUACGACAGUGAGGAUUCAGGCCGUGAGCCGUCAAUUUCCAGUGACACACGGACAGACUCCUCCACAGACAGCUACAGCUAUAAGCAUUCACACUCCCACCACGAGUCUAUGGCCUCCCACUUCUCCUCUGACUCCCAGGGAACUGUCAUCUGUAACCCAGACAACGACUCGGCCUCCCACAGCAGCCUAGAAACCACAGGCCCUGACAGCGAUCAAGUGCAGCGCCACACUCUCAGAAAAGACGGGGUCUUAGACAGAAAGGGAGGAGUUUUGGACCGAAAACGGAGUGCUAGCAGACCACGAAAAUUUGAGGCCCGGGGUGAUUCAAGGAGUCGUUGCUCUAAGACAGAUGAGGUGUUGUCUGCCGGCUACCACAGCGAAGGCGAGACUUUAAAAGAGCAGCAGGUUCCUCGUUCCCUGCCUAAACCUAGCUCCAGUCGACUUCGAGACUUUAAGGAGACUAUGAGCAACAUUAUCCAUAACCGGCCGCUUUCCGCAUCAUCCUCUGGCUCCGUUGGCCCACCCGACUUCACCGCUAAAGUCAGAGACUGGGAAGCUGACAGCACCAGCAGUGAGUCCAAAUCCAGCUCCUCUGGAGGGCGAUACCGUCCGCCCUGGAAGCCACGCCGUGAGGCCCUCAACAUCGACAGCAUCUUUAGCAGGGAGCGCCGCAAGCAGGCCGGGUACAGUCAGCUCAGCGCUCUCUUGUCUGAAGACACUGGGCCUCAGGGGGACUUGGAGACAUCAUUGGAACAGACCACCUUUCGAGACCUGCCGGGACCCCUGAGACGAGGAUCAGAGCAGCCCCCGCGGCUUAUCCAGAGGAUGGAGAGCGGCUAUGAGAGCAGUGAGAGGAACAGUAACAGCCCAGUCAGCCUCGACAUGCCUGUUAGCGAGGGCACCAGUAAUGGAACACACAGCUUACAAGAGGCAGGAUUGAAAAAGCCUCCACCUGAUGUCAGCCCAUCAUGGAAGACUGUAACCAAAUCCAAAAGCAGCAGUGCUCUACUGCAGGAUGUCAAAGCAUCAGUCAAGGGCAGCAGUCACAUGAGUCUAGCAGGUGAGGGCCGCAGUGAACUGGAUGAGCUACAGGAGGAAGUAGCUCGCCGGGCCAAGGAGCAAGAGUUACAGAAGCGAAAGGAAAAGGAGAAAGAGGCGGCUAUAGGCUUCAAUCCCAAACCCAGCAAGUUCAUGGAUCUGGAUGAGCUCCAGAAUCAAGGGAAAGGGGAAGGCUUUGAGAGGUGUGUGUUGGAAGCAGAGUCUCUGUUAGACCAGUCUCUGAGGUUGGAACAGGCAGGAGAGGUGGCUGCUGCUCUGUCUGUGGUUAAUGAAGCAAUGUCUAAACUCAGGCAUACCUUGCAUGAGAGCAGCGCUAACGCUCAGGGCAGGAUGCAAAAGUGCAUGAGGAGAGCACGAGGUCUGCAGCAGCGCAUGCAGCAGCAGCAGGAACUGCAGCAGAAGCAACAGGAGGAAGAGAAGGAACAGAAACAGCCCCUCAGUGAGCAGUCUGUCCCGGUCCAAAUACUUCUGACAAAAGUUAAAGAAGAGGAUAAGAAGGCAGUUUCAGAAGAUGCAUUGAGACCACCAUCACCUCUCCACAUGAAACCUCAGUCUACAAAUAAACCGAUUUCUGAACCCCCCGGCCCUCCUGUCUCCUCCUACCAUACUGAAACACUUUUCCAGCAGCAAGACAAUGCAGAGGACAACUCCGGUCCUCUUACUGUGACAGAGAAUUCGCCAAACUCACAAACGUGGGGCCCCAGAGACCCUGUAACCACCACAAACUCUUUUGUAAAAACUGCUAGUAUGCGCAGUUCUGCCACUGUGCCUGUGAUCGCAGUAAAUGGCUGCGAGCCUCCCCUCAAAUCAUCGGCUCUUCUCAAUAUGCCCUGUAGUCCAUCUCAUUUCAGUGCCUGUCAAACACCUUCCGUUUCUGAUCACUCCAACUCUGGGGAUGGACUGCAAAACCCGCCUCGUCCUCUGUCUCUUCACGGCCUAACCCACACAUCCCACAGCCAUGCUUCUGAUGCCUGUCAAAAAUCACUCCCGGCACCCUCGCGGAAUUGGCCUUGUCGCAGUCUUGAACAUCCUGAUGGCAGUACUACUUUGAUGGAGUCCUCUCCAUACUCACCAGCAGACCUCCGCUCCCCUUUGUCCCCCUGUCCUCCGUCCCUGUCUUCACCAGCACAGGAUCAGCGUUCAGCCGGCCCUAUGCCCGUGGAGCGGUGGGCCCAGAAUGUCAAUCGAUACUACAACUCCCAGAAUUGUGCACCAUCGGGAUGUGGCUCACCCUGUGAGGAGCUGUCAGAGCUGGACUCACUUUAUCAGGCCAGCUUGAAGGCUCCCAGCAUGCCCCGAGCCCCACAGGGACCCAGCCCUCAGAUAGCCAACAGAUCAGGUCCCGCUGCUUCUCGUAAGCACAGCACUGGAUACUCUGCCACACUUGGUCGUUCUAAAACCCCCACAGCAGAGAUCGAGAGGAGUGCCUACAGGACGCCAGCAUACAGCACUAAAUCACUUCAGAGGCCUGUGUCUGCUGUGGCCUGUGAUGCACCACCGGGUGAGGAUGAAUCAUACAGUGCCGAGAACCUGCGACGGAUUGCACGGAGUCUGAGUGGGACUGUCAUUGGAGGACGGACUGAUGUACCCCCAUCUCGCAGCUUUGACCCUCAUGUCUCCAGGAUGUCCAAGCAUGUGAAUGUGCAACUCCCCACACGUCGCUCCAGCACUUCCCUGCAUGUUUUACCCCCUCCUUCCCACAAUCCUCCUAUGUUCCCUCAUGAACCACAACCCCAAUACCUUCACCCAAGCCACUGCCACCACCCUGCCCCUCCAUCACACCUGCACCAGCAGACACUGAAGCCCUCUCAUGGACAAAAAGGAGAUUGCCAAAAGGCCAACAAGUUUUUGGCUGUGCUUGACAGGGGUGAAACUUUCUCCCGUGAAAACUACCACAAUGUCGCAAUGAGCUACGGCACCCUUCCAAGGGCCCCCCGCAGGUCAGUUUCAUCUGGGCCCCCUGUGCAUCAAGCAAGACCGGGACCCCCAGCAGGCCCAGGCCCCCGGAACUACCCAGACGCAGCCUAUGCCACACUAUCCCACCCUCACCGCACUACAGCAUCAAAUAGGACGAUUGAUGGCUUUUACAGACAGCCUCAACAACAAUCAGCUUCAACCACCCCAAUCUCCUAUCACUCCAGCCAUCAUCACCCUAACCUUGAGCCGUCGACCCAACCCCUCCGCCUUGAUGUGCCCCCCGAGAGGGACUGGAGGGCUGCUAGGGACACUCAUGUCUUUCCCAGGACAGAACCACGGGGUGGGACAUCCCGUAGCCUUCCUGUUUAUAUCUGCGGGUUGUGCAAGCAAAACCCAGCUGAGCCCACUAGAAGCUACUGCCAGACCUGCAGAGCCCAUAUGAACCACUACAGGAUGACCAGCUGAGUCAUGCAGGAAACGCAUCCUUCAACGCACUCAUUCUCUGACUUGGAAGUAGAUGUGAAAGCCUGUGCCAAUUCUGUGAAGCUCUUCACACAGCAAAAAGCAGGAAGGUCUUAGGUUAGCUGCUUUGGCUAAAGUGAAAGACGACGAUGUUUGUCUCAUAUGUGAAUGUGGAGUGGUCAUUUUCCGAAAGCAUAUUUUAAAUGCAGCUGCUGCAUUUAAACGCUAAAAGGAGGACAUCCACUCCCUGUGCUUUUAAACAUUUCCACUGAUAAUUCAGUACCACAGAGUUAAGUUCACUUUAAUUGGCCACUAUCUCAGCACGAAGCUGUGAAGAACAGAGCACUUUGCUGCGUGGGCCACUGCAUCUUAACUGAUGCAAACACAAAACGCCAAGACUGAAGAACUUUGCCUGCUGAUAUACAUUGUCUGCUCCAUAUAUGCACAAAUAUGCUUUAGUUUCCAAUUAGCAUUCCAAGCUAACCUUACUUAGUUCUGUGAUUGUAAUUGAACUGUUAACUCAAGUUUAGUGCACUUCAGAAGUGUUAAGUUAAAGCGUUCCUCUGUUGUAACUUCUCCCAUUUUUAUGGGAAAGCAAUGUUUAUGUGUAACUAGUUCAUUUAGAGGGCUGUAACAUCAGUGUGUGCAAGUAAUCAGAGGUACAUCAGGUACCAGCAGUCAAUUUUCAACAACCUCAUUGGCAUUUGUGUCGAUAUUUUUGUGUACAGUAUUGUUCUGCCUGAUAGUAGCACCGACACCUGUUGUGAUCUUUUUUUUUUUUUUAUAUUUUGUAGUAGCAAGCAGUUUAACUAUUGGGUUUCUACAGUAUAUCUUACAUUAACUGAUAAGUGCAAAACUUUUUCAGUAUGUUUUACGACUUAGAGAUUCUUAUUUAAUUUCUUGAAUGCUAUUGAGGAAGGAACCUGUGGCUUGAGAUGGUUAAUUAGUUUUAAGUCUUAAACAUUGGAAGUGUUCGGAGUGUCUGUCAGUUAUUAGCGGAGUUUGAUGGUGCAAUGUGCCAUGUCACGGAAAUGAAAGUGUUACCUGCUCAUCGUAGUGAACAUGAGUAGUUUAUAUUGAAACCUGGCCAAUCCAUUUUCGAGCAUGUCAAAUACCUCAACCAAUCACAUGCUCUCUUACUUUUAUUUCACCAGAACAGUUUUGCGCGUAUUAUGGUUUCGUAAAUCAGUACCUAACGGUGAAUCGAGUGCCUCUGUGUUGAAUUCCCACUGGGCAAAUUAUCAGAAUUAUCUUUUCUUUUUCUUUUUUUUUGGCCAAUAUGCAGUGUAAUACUGUCCUGCCGUAAUUACUGACAACAGGGAUCUGUGACUGAUUUACCCUUCCUUCUUUUUUUCCUGAGUUAACAUACAAACAGAUAUGGCAAAAAAGCAAGGUUGUGUAUAUAUAAGUGUGUACAGAUAUUCAGUCUUUGACCUUAAGUACAGACGGAUUCAGAUUUGUUGUAAAUGCUGUGCUAGAAAUCAAACUUGUAUUUUUGCAAUAAAGUUAUAUUGAGCUCCAGUCAGGAGCAGAAUGCUGUA